AUGUCGGACUUUAGUACCACUUCGAUCAAGAAUGAUGUUGGGUGCGAAGCACACGAACGAUCCUUCACUACCGACGACUUUUCGAACGCUACUCGCGAAAUAUUUCACUCUGACUAUAACUCUCAGAGCCCCAUCAAUAGACUCGAAAUGUCGCCAGUGUCCAAUGCGAACAAAGGUGUCGGUGAUGGUAUUGGUCAUGUCUGGGGGCUCAAAAACGUCCAGGCCGAAGAGAUGGUGGAAUUCUCUUCUGCUGUCCGUGGCAUGUGUCUGAACUUGGAAGCCGACAACGUUGGUGUUUCUAUCUUCGGUAAUGACUGGCUCAUCAAAGAAGGUGACACGGUCAACGAGGGUCCCAUUGAGGCCGCUGAGCGUUGUCGUGCUUCCCUGAAAGCACCUGGUAUUCUUCCUCGUCGUUCGGUCAACCAGCCUAUGAUGACUGGCCUCAAACCCAUUGGUCGUGGUCAGUGGAACGAUGGUAAGGAUGAAGACAAGAAGCUUGACCGUGUGUACGUCGCCGUGGGCCAGAAACGUUCAACUGUUGCUCAGCUUGUCAAGACCCUUGAGGAGAAUGACGCCAUGAAGUACACAAUCAUUGUUGCUGCGACCGCCUCGGAAGCUGCCCCUCUGCAGUAUCUUGCUCCCUUCUCUGGAUGUGCUAUGGGUGAAUGGUUCCGUGAUAAUGGCAAACGCGCUUUGAUCAUUUACGAUGACUUGUCUAAACAGGCCGUUGCUUGCUGUCAAAUGUCAUUGCUUCUCCAUCGUCCUCCUGGUCGUGAGGCCAAUCCUGGUGAUGUCUUCUACCUGCAUCCUUGUUUACUUGAAUGUGCCGCCAAAAUGAGUGACAAAUUUGGUGGAGGAUCUCUCACUGCUCUCCCUAUCAUUGAGACCCAGGGUGGUGAUGUCUCUGCUUACAUUCCCACCAAUGUCAUUUCCAUUACCGAUGGUCAAAUCUUCUUGGAAGCUAAUCUCUUUUUCCGUGGUGUCCGCCCUGCUAUCAAUGUCGGUCUCUCUGUCUCUCGUGUUGGAUCUGCCGCCCAAACCAAAAUCAUGAAGAAGUUUGCUGGUUCUCUCAAGCCGUACCUUGCUCAAUACCGUGAAGUCACUGCCUUUGCUCAGUUUGGUUCUGAUCUUGAUGCCUCAACCCAUUUCCUCCUCUCCUGUGGUGCCCGUCUGACUGAGCUCUUAAAGCAAGGCCAGUAUCAACCCCUCUCUACUGAGAUUCAGGUUCCCAUCAUCUACGCCGGCGUCAACGGUUUGCUUGACUCUAUCCCGGUUGACCAAAUUACCCAAUGGGAGGGAGAAUUCCGUUCCCACCUCACCUCUUCACAAGGUGCUCUCUUGGAGGAAAUUUCUGGUGGAAACAUUACCCCGGAGCUUGGAGGAAAUAUCAAGGGUCGUUGAAGAGCACGUCUCAUCUUUCACCUCUUAAAUUUAUUUUCGCCCUCAAUUAGAAUAAUAUCGUCUUGAGGAGAGUUGAACGGUGCUUAAGAGUCCUUGCCCAUUCCAAAAUAAAUUUCUCUUUAUUAUCU